UAUGGCUAACUCCGCUUCUGCUGCACCUUUGCUCUCCAUUUUUUUCUUCUUCUUCUUCUCCUCCUCCGUUGUUGUCUCCGGAGGGCGCCAUGAUUGUCCUCCCUCUUCAUGUGGGAACAUCACAAACAUUAAAAAUCCUUUCCGUCUAAAAGAUGACCCGUCCAACUGUGGCGAUCCAAACUAUGAGCUCACCUGCGAUGGUCUCAACCGCACCAUCCUCACUUUACUCAACAACAGCUACUACGUCAUCAAUAUUACAUACUUGUCCUAUGAUUUUUAUAUAGAAGUCGAUUUCAAAAUAGAAGUCGUGGAUGUAGGCAUGGUGAACGACGGCAGCUGUCAUCUUCCCCUUCCCCAUCUGACACUCUUUGAGAUGAACAGUAACAGUUACUACAUGACAAGGCAAGACUCAUGGGUUACUUUGGUGAAUUGCUCAAAAGAAGUGAAGAACAACUCCAAGUACAGGCCUGUGCCUUGCUUGAGCGACAACAACUCCUUCAUCUAUUUCAUCAAUUAUACUUAUGAAUCAUAUGUAGUUCGUAAUCUUAUGUGUUCCUGCCGCUCACUUGCAAUAUUCCCUGUUAAAUAUUAUGAAUUCUCAGACCAACUGCCAACUGACAUAAUCAAGUUUCUAGCUCAGGGGUUCACCCUCUCUAGGAAUAUUUCCAUGCCAAACACCUUCCGAGAUUGCUUGUGGAGUUCCAUAAGGAGGGCUUAUCGGUUCUUCAAGGACAAAGAAAAUCCAAUUUUAUACCGAAUUCCAGUGUUCGUGAUUGGAUCAGAGUUUUCUUUUGUUUUCUGCCUAUUCGACGGAGGCUGUAUCAAAGAUCAUCACAUUCUUCUGGUACCGAUGGUUUUAGUGGUAGUAUUGAUGCAAAUAUCCAAAGGAUAUAUUGCAUUUGUUGUGUUCGGUAGAUUUGUGUUUGCGCCUCUGACAAUAUUUGCCUUCCUCUUUUGCAAAUGGUACCAAAUGAUGUCAUCAGUUGAUAUCGUGGAGAAGUUCUUAAGGCAACAACAAAUUUUUGUACCGAAUAGAUAUUCAUACACAGAUAUCAUUGCUUUGACCAGCAACUUCAGCGAUAAAUUGGGUCAAGGAGGAUUUGGUUUUGUAUUCAAAGGUCGACUGUCUUGGAAUCGACUUAUUGCUAUUAAGAUGUUGGCAAAUUCCAAAAAUAAUACCGGUGAAGAAUUCAUUAAUGAAGUUUCAACCAUUGGUAGGAUUCACCAUGUAAAUGUGGUGAAACUAGUUGGUUUUUGUGCAGAAGGCCAACAAAGAGCUUUGGUGUAUGAGUACAUGGCUAAUGGUUCCCUUGACAAGUAUAUCUUCUCUUCUAAUAAUGGCCCCAACCACAAAUUUUCUUUAGACAAACUGAUUGAUAUAGCAAUUGGAGUUGCUCGAGGAAUUGAUUAUCUACAUAACGGAUGCGAUAUGCAAAUCCUUCAUUUUGACAUCAAACCACAUAAUAUUCUUUUGGACCAUAAUUUCAAUCCAAAAAUUUCUGAUUUUGGCCUGGCAAAACUAUAUCCAAGGGACAACAAAUUCGUAUCACUCAGUGUUGCUAGAGGAACUAUAGGAUAUAUUGCACCAGAGUUGAUAUCAAGAAGUUUUGGUAUUAUCUCCCAUAAAUCUGAUGUUUAUAGUUUUGGGAUGCUACUCUUGGAAAUGGCUGGUGGAAGAAGAAAUUCAAAUCUAAAAGUAGAGAAUACAAGCCAAGUUUAUUAUCCAUCAUGGAUUUAUGACAAACUUAUCAAUAAUAUGGUUAAGCAUGAUGCAGUGGAAGCAGAUACAAAUACAAGCAUUGUGAUUGAUAAAGGGGAAAAAAAGUUAUGCAUGAUAGGUUUGUGGUGCAUACAAAUGAGUCCAUCAGAUCGACCCUCUAUGAGUCAAGUAUUAGACAUGUUAGAAGGUGAUGUUCAUAGCUUGCAAAUGCCACCCAAACCCUUUUUUUCAGAGCCUACUCAGACACCUCAAGAGAUGUCAUACUUACACAGCUAGCGGUGAUGAAAAAUUGACUACUAUCUCAGAAGAUGUUGAUGAGAUAAAUUAAAGGGGUUCCUUGAAGUCAUAUAGUAUUUACUCCUUAGCGAUCAAAUGUAAUCUAAUUAAAAUAACAUUUGAAUUUUAUGAUCUUGUUUUUAUAAACAACUGUAUU